ACUUCACAUUGCGAGGACCGUGUGUGUGUGUGUGUGUGUGUGUGUGUGUGAGGGAGGGAGAGAGAGAGAGAGAGAGAGAGAGAGAGAGAAUUCUAGCAAAGUAACGUGUCUAUGAUACUGAUGGGUAAUGCUACCCUAAAUAACUUGGACUUCCACUGGCUGGCUUUUGUUCAUAAAAAGCUAAUCCUUUCAGGUGCAGACCUAUAUAAAACCCAAGGGGUCAAAAUGUGUGCGGAGACCUCAGAUCUCUUCCGCUCUGUAAGGGGGGGACAGUUCAUUUCCUGGAGCUGUGAGAAGGCUGAAAAGAAGGAUCAGCAGGCUCAGGGCAUGGACGUGUGUCUGAGCUCCGCGCAGCAGCCCGCGUGCCUGGGGGAGGCAGCAGGCCGGCUAGAGGCAGCCGAGGAGGGGACUGUCCAGGACGAUGGCACCGGGGGAUCCCCAGGAGAUUCCAAGGAGAUGGAACCAUGUCUCCACAACCUCCAGAAAUUCGUCCCUACAGACUAUGCCAGCUACACUCAGGAGCAUUACUGCUUUGCUGGCAAGAAGAUCAUCAUUCAAGAAUCCAUAGAGAGUUACGGAGCAGUGGUGUGGCCAGGGGCUACUGCUUUGUGUCAGUAUUUGGAGGAACACGCACAGGAGCUGAAUCUCCAAGAUGCUAAAAUUCUUGAAAUUGGUGCUGGACCAGGACUUGUUUCCAUUGUGGCCAGUAUCUUAGGAGCUCAAGUCACAGCAACAGAUUUGCCUGAUGUCCUAGGAAACCUCCAGUAUAAUCUCCUGAAGAACACAUUAAAACGCACCGCACAUCUACCUGAAGUGAGAGAACUGGUAUGGGGGGAAGACCUGGAGCACAACUUCCCCAAGUGCACAAGUUACUACGACUACAUUCUGGCUUCUGACGUGGUCUAUCACCACUACUUCCUGGACAAACUGCUUUCCACCAUGGUGUACCUUGCUCAGCCAGGGACAGUGCUGCUGUGGGCAAAUAAGUUCAGAUUCAGCACUGAUUAUGAAUUUUUAGAUAAAUUCAAGCAAGUUUUUGAGGCAACACUCUUGGCUGAAUAUCCAGAGUCAUCAGUGAAAAUUUUUAAGGGGAUAUUAAAAUGGGACUAAGUCAAACAAAAUGCCUUUCAAAAUAUGAGUGUCGUUGCUAGAAAUUGCAUUGGCAAAAAGACUUCUUUUACGUGCUGGAGAAGGCAGUGUGCAGAAACAACCUACAUAUCUAGAAUAAACCUAACCUCCUAGUACAGCAACUUCCCAAAAAACUUAUUUAAGAUUAUCUGGGUAAUUAAAUACAAGAGGUCACAUAAAAACCUCAAGUUUUUAAUAAAUUUUACAUGAAUAAGUUAAUACAA